AAUAAAUGCACGAUUGAGUAUGUCCAAAAUUUCAAGAGAAGCUCUACGGCGAGUGGAUUUUUCUUAUGGCCAACAUUCAAAUAAAUACUACCAAUUUUACCUAACUACCAUCGAGAGAUCAUGAAUGCUUUGUGCGUCUUUAUUAUAAUAACUCUCCUAGAUCCGGUUUCAGCGUGUACUGAUGGAAACUGCCGCAUAAUAGAAUUCCCAAGCUACCUUUCCAUCGUUGGAAAACGCUUGAUUAAUCACCUAAUCAAAACUAUACCGGGAAUGGACCAGGACUCGUGUGAGUGGCAGUGUUACCUGGACAACAACUGCGUCAGCAUAAACUUACAGUUUGAAGGAACAGAACGAAACUUCAGCAGCGAUGCAACUGUACAAAAAGAGAACGCCCAGUUCUCCAUCGAGUCAACAAUAUUAUCAGGCAAUAAAUAUUACCGCAGUCAUCUGUAUGGAUUCCUGGUUCCAGCUGUUGGAAACGUUUCUCACUGGUCGUUGUGCUUUCGCACUUCCCCUAGGAAUAUCGCAGAUGCUACUUUUCACAAGAAGUGCGAUGGAAAAAAUGACACUAUCACAAUCAUAAGAGUGAAUGACUACGUAUUUGGUGGAUAUAUCGACAUUCCUUGGUUUUCAGGUCAGCCAAAGGAUCCAGAAGAGUAUGGCAAAACAUUCAACGCGUUCAUUUUCUCUUUAAGUAACAGCCAACAAACUAGAGCUUUUAAAAGCAUGAUAAGAAACUCAGAAAACGCCACUUCUAAUCAUAUAUACCUUGGACCAACGUUUGGGAAUAACGAUAUCCGAAUAGAUAGAUAUCCAAACCAACCCACCGAUUACACUAGUUCAGUCACAAAUUUUGGUAAUGACUACUUCCUUCCAAGUAAUAUCACUAUUCAAGACCCUCAAACCAUUCUGGCAGGUGUCAAAAAUUUCAGACCAGACGAACUCGAGGUUUUCUACCUAAAUAAGGGGUCCUGCCGUCAAGCAAAAGCAAGUCCCCCCUGAAACAACGUUUAUCUCAGGAGGUUAGAUGUGAUAUUUUUCGCAUUUCACCUGGUGGUAAUAUAAAGAGGCGAAUACCUCUCUACAAGAUUUUAAAACCCUUCGCUGUUCAGAGAAAAUUAUCAUGUAAAGCUCACUACAUCAACCAGUAAAUAGGUGAUGGAAAUGACUUGCACGUUAACAAGCGGGUGACUCAACUCAAUAUUUACUGAAGUCGGUUGUUGUAGUAUUUUUGAUGUUAUGUUUCUUAUAUCGCUUUGUAACUAGCUUUUAGCGCUAAAGACUGUAGUUUCUUCGCUGUAAAAAGUUCGUUGUGUAACAUCCAGAAGCUUCCAAGCUUUUCCAACAGAAAAUAACAUUUGGUUGAAUCAUGUUUUCACAAAGCUUUUUGAUCGUUUAGUGGUCUGAUGUGCCAUACCUUGCAACAAAUCACUGUGAACAUGUAUUUCAUUUAUUUACAGAACCUUACAGAGGGUUUAAUUUUAACAGCGAAUAGGCUUUUUAUCUUACACAUACCUUGUUCUGUAAUGCAUAGUUAUCGAUAAGAAUUGGUUUAUUACUAGGAGUAAGUUUAUUAUUAAAACCUGCAUAGAUACCUACAUGGAAGAAGAAAAUUUUCUUUGCAAAGUAACGGUAUUUUU